CCCGGAUUUUCUUCAGCCAACAACCACAGUAGCGAGGACUGUUCUAGCCACCCGACCCUACCACUACGAUCCGUUGAAUUAAUAAAAAAAACCCCUACGAAAGCCUCAAAAUGCCACCUACAUCUCGCAAUAUCGGUCGUGCCCCACCUCCGACCGGGAGAGGGAGGCAUUCCGGGGGCGGGAAGAGCACUGGCGGAGGGAAAAGCAUUGGCGGAGGGAAGAGCAUUGGCGGAAAGGCUACCUCCGGCCUUGGAAAGGGCGUUGGACUUAGUCGCAUGAGGCGCCAGAGAAAGAUCCAUAGAGAUUCGAUUCACGGUAUUAGUAAGUCUUUCCUCCUCUUUGCUGUCUUCCUGCUUUCCAUUGCGAUAGCGUUUUGAUUUUGAGCCGUGGCUAAUUAUUUCUCCUUACCACAGCGAAGGGUGAUCUACGGUUUGUUACCUUUCAUUCACCCCCGGCCGCACUUAGGGCAUCACUGUGACCCGACAUACUGAUCUGCUGGGAGUAGUCGACUUGCCAGACGUGGCGGGGUUAAACGCAUCUCGGCUGCGAUCUACAACGAGAUGCGUGGUGCUAUGACCGAUCACCUUAAAAAGGUUUGCCGGUUUUUCUGAGCUUUAAGGGGAGCGUUACUUGAUGGUAAUAGGGCAGCGGCUAACAUACUUUUUAUUAGAUCCUUCAUUCAUGCACCAUCUAUCUUGAACAUGCCAAUCGCAAGACCAUUACAGUCACCGACGUAAGAAGAGGCCCCCUUUGCAAUUAGUUACCAAAGUAUAGUACUGACCCGUUUAACUGCACAGGUUAUCUUUUCCCUAAAGAGAGUUUGUUUCAUCUUUUCGUUGUUUUAUAUCAAACUGGAAUCUUUACUAACGGGAUUACCUUUCAGCUCGGAAACCCUAUAUAUGGUGAAGCCCUUUCCACCUUUUUCUUUUUACCCUCGAGUUUAACAAAAACAAUCGGAGUCCUUUACCCGGUUUUAAUGUCAAUACGAACUCAAUUGUACGACCUCUACUAACACUUUGCUUCAACGGUCUAGGGUUCGAUAAGGAGUGUGAGUCCAAGUCCAAAAAGACUCACAAAAAGUAAUCGGUUUUGGUGGGGGACGCUGUACAGGUUUCUUUUCAAUUCCGUUGAUAUGCAAUAUUCAGUCUCUUUCGUUUUUCCUCCUCGAAAACAUAGCCCACCUCUCUAGCUGUCUCUAAUCAAAUAUGUGAUUCCCCAAUUUUUAUUCCGAGUUUAUUCUGUUCCGGCUGUACCGCUUCAGAUCGAUAUAUUGGGCUGUACGAGCAUUAACAUAUGAGGUCGAGUUUUUCUCUCUUUUUUGUUUUAUUGCUAGUGCAAAUUUCCCUUCUUAAAGUUGCUAUCAUGUUCUAAAACUGCUAUUGAAAGCAGUGUUAGUAUUGCUAAAAUGGAUCGAAUUGCUACUAAGGGAGAAUACGCAUGAUGUUCGGGGCUACUAUAACUCUUGCUUCAUAGCAACAAAUGAGUAAAGUAAGCUCGCUUUUGAUCAGUGAAAGCUUCUAUUAUCCGCGGGGAUAUCCCAAAUUACAGACUGCUGGAGGGAAAUGUUCAUCUGAUGGUAUUCCGCAACCCCGGUACAGUUAAGUUACAGAACAUUCUGCAACUUACGGUAAUUGAACACUGCUCAUAAGUGACGCGUACUGUGCUCGUACAGGGUGCAUCUUGAAGUGCUCGGCAGAGGAAGAGUAUUGAGACAAGCAGGGUCACGUAGUGUCCGUGCAAAUGUCAAUUAACGGCAAAAGGAAAGACCGGCGCCGGUAGAAGGAUUGCUCUGGAGCCAUCCGCAAAGCUUGCCAUUUCUUUGCCAUACUCGUACAGUGCCGUAACAAGAACAGUACGCUCGGAAGCGGAGUAGUAAUACAAGCCCAUAAUGGCAUAUAAUUAUUAUGAUUAUAACAAUCCUUCCGAACCAGUGAGACAUUUAUCAACAGGUAGAUAUUAACACUCGGGUUUGUCCCUCCGUAUACACCCCCUCGUCUCCCUCCGAGUACCGGUACUGUAUUGGUUGGUGGUAUCCAUCCGAAGCAUUACUCGAGUACAUCCGACCAUGCAAUGGCAAGACCCCGGACAGAUCACUCGGAAAUUGACCAAUCGCGUGGAUAACUGAGACUACCUACCGGUAGGAAGUAACGAAAAGAACAGAUGAGAAAUAAAUAGAUUGAUAAAUCAAGGUUUUCUGAAUUAUGAACCAAUUAGAGGAGGGAGUGUCAGUGUGAUACAAGGAAGGAAGGAAGGAAGGAAGAAAAUAGCUCAGAGGUGGAUAUCUUACUAUUGCUCAAAGUGAGUCAUAGUACUGUACUUCAUGUAGGGCUCACUUUGAAUCAUGCAGGAUAAUUCAUGCAUGUCAUACUUUAGAUUAUAAUAUUUCAUAUAUUAUGAGUCAUUUUGAGUUAUAAUAUUAUAGUUGGAGUAUAAAAGAUUCUGUUUACUAUAUAAAGUAUGGGUAGGAAAUAAACAUAAAAUAAAUGUAUUAAGAGGUAAUCGAUUAGUACAAUCAUCCUUCUUCAAUAAAUCUCUUUCUCCAAUUCUAAUUCACUUAAGCUAAUAUACUACUCUUCAAAUAUCAAAUAACAACUUAAACUUAUAACUUACAACUCUGAGUCAUAUGAAAUACUGUGACUCUUUAGUGAGUUAGAAUAUAAAAAUUACAGUAUAUAACUCAAUUGAGUCACUCCCUCAAACAAUUAUAAUCAGCCCUCCUGACUCCAAUUAUGAAAUGAGUCAUACAUAAAACCUCAAAUAUUACUGUGCUGUCAAAUGAGUCAUAAUAUGAAAUCAUAAUCAUGACUCAUAAUUGUAAGCUCUGUGAAACCUAUUCCUUUGUUUUAUCAUGGGACUGUAAUGGUACUCCUCAGCUCAGGUCAAUAAUAUUCAAUUUGAGUGUAGUAGCCAGUACCAUAACAGUUACUUCCUCUACAUGUCUGCACAUAUACAGCCUUGUCUAGUAUCAUCCCUUUAACCUCAUAUCUCUCAAGAUCUUCAUUGAACACCCCUAGUAUUAUUAUUUUUUUGUUGAAAAAAAAAAGAAAGAGGGAAAGAGGAAACAGAAAAAAUGGCUGGGGAAACCUAAUUCUCGUAUCGUAAGUUUGUAUGACGAUCUCGGUAAUUUUCUCCGAUAAUACUCGUUCGUACUCGUACCAUCCCCUCCGCCAAAACACGCCAACAACCCAUCCCGAGAAAGUAAAAAUACCAGGGAAAAAAAAAAUUUGUCUCCCUUUUCUUCACUUCUAUUCUUUUUUGUUUGUUUGUUUGUUUGUUUUUUUUUUAAAAAAAAGACAACAUUGGAGAACGGCCAGAGGAUACCGGAUUCCGGCGUGAUAUGAGAAAACUUUUCAUUUUUUGAAUUCCUGACGGAACGGACGAACCGGUUGCGGUGCAGUACAGUACUCGAAACGUUCGAUUUUCUACGGUAUUGGAUUGGUUGCCCCCCCUUCGGUACGAGUACUCGUAUGAUACCCCGUCUACUCGUACAAGUAUUGACAUGUUUUUUCCUUAUCUGUUUUUUCUACUAUGGGGAGAAAAAAGUAUGAUACCGGGAGUGGAAGAAAAGCACCCUUACUCGAAUAAUACUGUAAUAUUAUGAUGCCGUGAGUGAGGGGACCCUAUCGGGCAGAAGCCUCGGCAAAGUAUUUCUUUUUUUUUGCCUUUCGAUUCCCUCGUGAUCAAUGGCAAUAUGUUUUCGAGCAUAGACAUUGUUUAAAGCUAGGGAAGAGAAAGAGAGGAAAAGUAGAAAAGAAAAAAGAAAAAAAAUCUGUAAAAAUGGUUUUUUGGGGAUCGGAAGCCUCCUCAG